UCUGUAAGGCUCGUCCUCGUUACCCUCGUGUGUCGUUUGGAGAGCAAUGGAGAGCCUCCCGUGCUGGCCGUGUUGUCAUGUGUUGUUGUUUGACACGAUCCAUCCAAUCCAAAGGUCGGUCCAAGCGUCCGUUGCGCGGGUUACCUCAUCGCCUCCUUGCUUCAGCCCCGCGUAUUGCUCAGCGGCUCAGUAGUAGCAUUGUGAGGGCAAACGACGACGCAAACGGUCGUACACACAACAGAAUCCAGUGCACGGUUGCGGCGAACGGACGCGUAUUGAAACGGGUUACAACAUGUAAAACCAAAACACCCACACACGCACAGUGAGAUAUUUGGUGGUCGUUGUUUUCCCCGGAGGGAGCUUUCUUUCUUGUUGUGUGUGUCUUAAAGUGAAGUAUCGAAGAAAAAACGGGGGAGCAAUUUACGGAAUUUGUGUGACACGACCAUAACAUCAGAAGGUGAAAACUCCCCCUUGUAACAGUGUGCCAGUGAGCAAAACAAAAACGCAACUCCAACGCAAUGGGAAAGCGACGUCUGUACUAGUAGUUUGCCAUCCGGAAAGUUACCCAGAGUUCUGCGCAAAACAAGACGCAAUAUACGGACGGAGAGGUUAGUGUGUUUGUCGCAUGCGAGAAAGGGGGAAGGGGAGGGGGGGGGGAGCGGUAGGGCGCAUUAGCAAACAACAACAGCAACAACUGAACCACAAGCAAGAAGCACCUAGUUCCGGCUGACGGCGUUCGAUCGAUUUGGCAAAAAUAAACAAUUUUGCUACAAAAGCUGCCAGACUGUAUGAGCGCGCGAGCGAGCGUGUGUGUGUGAGUUGUGGCUUAAACACAACACACGAAAAAUAAGCAAAACCGAGAAGUGGAGAAGCGAAAAAACCGCCCAUCGGUGUACACGUAGUAAUGAUCCGUUUCGCGCCGUCAUUGCCGUAAUUAUCAUUCUGCCGCAGCAGACAACUAUACACUGAUAGAGAGAGAAAGAGUGUGUGUGUGAGAGAGAGAGAGCGAGAGGUAAUUUUGGGUUAUCGGCAGUAUGUGUUUACAUAAAACAGUGUGCGUGUGUGUUUGGUCUGGUCGGUUGGCGUGAAGCACCAGCCGCCUCCAUGACUGUUCCGACGGUGAAAGGGGAUGGGAGAACAAGCUCAAAAUUUGGUGUGCAAGUGUGUGAUUUACAAACGAAAAAAAACGCUCUUUUUUAUAGUUUUUAUCCACUAAAAAAGGCUAUUUAGAAACGUAUUUAAUUAAAGGUGCGUCAGCGCCAUGCCUGGAAAGCGGCUGCCCACAGACAGCACUUCACCAUACACCAUGCGUCUCCAUGGGAAUGCUGUGCACAAUACCAUCCAAGCAUGCCACACACACACACACACACAGGCCACACGGCUCAAUUAAAGGAGUCAGUGUCACUGCAGACAAACCGUUCGUUCGCUUCCCUUUGUUUUGCUAAUUUAUAGGCUGAAAAAAAUGUGAAACGUGGUGGCGCCGUGUACCACACCAAAUCGCGUUGCAGCGUAGCAGCAAGGGAGACGCGGGGAAAGUGCUAAGAUUAUACAACACACCAACAGUCACAAAACGACAAAACGAGUAAAUGAAAGCAACAGCAAGAAACAAAAAUAAAAGGUGCAAAUGGACCAUUUAUGGGAGGCAAAUGGGCAAAAUAUGUAAAAGGCUUUAGGUUAAAGGUUUUAGGCUCUUUUCUCAUCCAUAUUCAGUGUGCCCCCGGUUUUGGGGAGGAGGGGGGUUGGUAUCAACAAAACAAGCGCUCUAUUGCAUCAUUCAAAAGCCGGGUUCGGUACAUCCAAACACAGCGCACUUGACCGGUAUCGCCACGCGGGCCUAACCAGGCCGACAAACUCGUAAUCUUCUUACGAAAAAAAAGGGAUCGAUUCAACACAACUCUGUAAUCAAUCCGUCAGCGGCCGGCCGGAUUUAGUCGUGCAGGCGGACAACAGACGGUCGUUUACCUCGGCUAAUAAGCUCUCUCUGACUUGGCAGCCCUAACCUUGACCAAAGGCGACCGCCACACGACAGACAUGUGUGAGACAGAGUGUGUGCGUGGCAGGUAGAGUAGUGUAUUUUUUAAGAUAAUUUAGCAAACAAAAAUUGACAACCCACUGUCGAAAGUUAUGAAGCAAAAAUGGACAGAGAAUGCGGAGGGAAGGGAGGGCCACCAAUUGCCAUCAAACGGUGGGGGCGGCGGCGAUGGCGGUAACAACCAACGUUCGCGCGCUCUCGCCGUACGGUUGUGUUUGUUUUCCAUCGACGUGGUUCGGUACGACCGCUGGGCCCCUGCCCUGGAACACAGCACACAUUGGAGCGAAGAAACGUGAGGCGUGCAAAUGUGUGUUGUGUGUCUUCCUCCUUCCCGGUCCCGGUCCCGGCCCCUGCCACACAGAGCAAGAUUAUUAUUGCUUCGCCACCGCCGCACGGGCGCACACCAGCAGAUCACAAGGUCACGGUCAACGCCGUACGUCGAAACUUCGUGAGCGUUUCAGACGGAGAAGGAGAGAGAGAGAGAGACUCAAAGAGAGUGCGUUUGAGAGGAGAGUGCCACAGUACUCACGCUUUGUUAGUCAACUGUGCCGGGGAGUAGUAGUGCACGGGCAAACCCCCCGCAGAAAGGGGAGUGUUAGUGAGAUAACAGCCCUAACAAAACGAGGGCCAAACACGAUCGGAGCGUGAGUUACCGUUCUCGUUAUAUUUUGGAGGUGGUCGUUGGGGGGGUGCAAAAAUUGUAAAUAAAGCCGUGAAGCAAGAACCGCCAGAACCGCGCUUCCGUGGUGUUUGGUGUUAGUGUGCGCAAUCAUCACCUUUGAAACUACACACCAACACAUUGCCAUUCUUCCUAAUUAGCACCUGAGGGCGAUACAUUUGGACCAUUGGCCUUUACAGCGGACCGUGCCGUGGCUGCGUGGGUUUCUUAACGAAGAUAAAAAUAAAUAAUUCCCCUUUACAACCCCUUUACACUUCCCUUCUCGCUCGCUCUAAACAACAACAAACUGCUCGAAUUCCACCCCACCGGUCGCGGGCGGUAUGGGGGGCAGAAGGCGCAACAGUCACAACAACGAGAAGCUCGAAAUUUGUGGGGAAAAUCUGCUCACUUUUACGGUAACUCAUUUUCCCGAGAGCGUGUGAGAGAAAGAGAGAGAGAGAGAGUGAGAGAGGUAAAUAUUCUCUCUCGCUCUCUCAGCGCGAGUGUGAAAAACUCAUCAUCCAGCAGCCCAAAAACCGUAUCCCAGUUUCCCGUGUUGCCACUGUACGUGUGUGUGUGUGUGCGUGUCCUGGCUCUGGAUUGUUCGACCCGAGUCGUCCGCACCUGGUGCAGUGUGGGUCAGUCGAACAGCAUGUCCACAGCGAAAAGGACGACGGCGUUAACGACAAACAAGCCGACGACAGCCAGCACCACCACCACCCCAACCGGCCAGUGCGGCAACAUUUUCACUCCGCCACCGUUCGGACGGACGGACACGGCCGACAAAAACAAGCCGAAACCCAACCCGGAUGAGCAGUGAUAGCGGGUUUAGCCGCGAGGCGAGUGGCGCACACUGCUCACAGACGCAAACAAACCGUGUCCUGCUGUUCCUUUAGAAAUCCCGCACCAAUUCAUCCUUUCCCCAAUCCAAGCAGCCCGUGCAAAAACGCGUGCGUGUGCCUGUGUGUGUGGUGCUCUGGUGUAGAAGUGUGUGAACAUGUUUACCCAACCUGCACAGUAACAAGCAGACCAGCCGGACGGACGGACGUACAGAGAGCUCUUACACAACGCGAACGGCGAGCAGACGGAGACGCGGGGGUGGUGGGCAGCAGGUGGUGCCAGAUACACCGAAGUGAAGACGACGACGACGAGGAGCAGGAUGGAUUUCACGCCGCUACCGUCGGAGCUGGAGGAGCUGAUCCUGUGCAGCUGCUGCCAUCUGCCGUUCAACGAGACGGACGCACUGCCGAAGCUGUUCUCCUGCCGGCACUACUUCUGCCUCAAGUGCGUCAACCAGGUGCUGCUGAAGGGCAACGAGCUGUACUGCGUGCACUGCUGGAAGCGGACGGAGCUGACCGGGCCCGACAUGAAGCCGGACGCGCUGCCGACGCACAACGCGAUCCUCUACCUGUCGCAAAACCUGAGCAUGAUCUCGAGCGGCAGCAGCAGUAGCAGCGUGACGGCUGCUAACAAAAAGCCACCGGACAAGCCGAACGGUGGCGGUGGUGGUGGUGGUGAGGGCUCCUCGAGCACCUCCUCGGGCACGAGCAAUGGUGGUGGUGGCACAGCGAUCGUGGUGGCAGGCGGAGUGCCCUCACCGACAAGCUCGACAGCGGCGGCGGCGGCGGCGGUGGUGCCUGCGACGCCACCGGGCAACGGUGCCGGACCGAGCGGUAUCAGUGUGAUUGUGGGGGGUGCGGGAAACGCUGGCGGCAACACUAGCAGCAGCAGUAGCAGCGUGGCCAGUGGCAUCAGUGCUGUGGCGGUGACGGCGGGCAGCAGCGGCGCGGCCAACGGGUCCGUCAUGCCGGGCGUGGUCGGGGUGCCGCCACCCUCGAACGGUAGUGCGGCGGGCGUGAUCGGUAGUGGUGCGGGCGGGCUCGUAAGCGGUAUCGGGCUCGGUGUCGGUGGGACGGUGGUGAGCGCGAUCGGGUCGGGCAAGUAUCGGAGCAAGGGCGAGAACUGUCUGACGCACGCGAUGCCGAACGCGCUCUGGUGCCUGAAGUGCAGUGCCGCCCUGUGCCGGGGUUGCGCGAGCGGCGACGAACAUCGGCAGCAUCCGGUGAAGACGCAGGCGGAGGCGCGCGACCACAUCCGGACGGACAUUGCGUCGGAUCUGCUGCUGAUGCAGAAGUCGCUCGCCGAGCUGCAGCACUUCGUGUUCAAGCAGCGCGACUUCCUGCUCAAGAUACUGGAGGCGUGCACCGCGCUCAAGACGCAGGUCGAGACGGAGCUGAUCAACCAUCUGCCCACGUUCGAGGUGGCCGAGAUACGCAGCAACCUGACGAAGGCGAAGCUGUACCUCGGCAUGCUCGACCAGCAGUCGCCGGCGGAGGCGUACAAGCUGUACGCGAACCUGCACAUCGAGAAGCAGCGGCUGCAGUCCAAGUACCAGGAGAUGCUGCUCCAGUGCAAGCUGGACGAUCUGAUCCAGCACUACGGCGUGCUGUUCGAUUUCGACCUGAUCAAGCAGGCGCUGUCCAACCUGAACGCGAUCGAUCCGCUCUCGUUCGGCAAUGGGGGGGCGAUGGGCGGUUCGCCCUCGGCCGCGAUCAACGGCCACCACAACUCGAUACUGCUGCUGGCGAACUACUGCAUCUCGCAGCUGUACUCGCGCCACGUCCUCACCACCAAACAUCAUCCCUCGCAGCAGCAGCAACAGCAGCAGCAGCAGCAACAGCAACAUCAGCAACAUCAGCAGCAGCAACUCUCGUCACAGCUUGGCGGUGGUCCGCUGGAAGGUGUCACACUCGGCGGUGGACACCAUUACGUCCAUCAGCAGUCACCGAGUCACGUGAGCAUGAACCAUCUGCAUCACCACGUUGCCCAGCAGCUUCACCAUCACCAGCAGCAGCAACACCAUCAGCAGCAUCAACUGGUCGGGUCCGGCACAUACGCCAGCCAGCUGCACGACAUGGCCUCGGCCAUCCUGAUCGCACCGCCCCAGGACCGCAUGGCGCCGGGCAGCGGGCGGACGGCGGGCGACGGGGCCGGCGGUUCCAGCUCGGCCCGCACGUCCGGUUCCGGCUCGGGCUAUCUGAGCGAGAUCCUGAACGGCAGCACGUCCGCCCUCCAGCAUCAGCAUGCAGCCGUCGCACUGCAGCAGCAGCAGCAGCACCAACAUUCCUCGCAGCUCGCCUCCCCGGGCGGCCUGAUGUCGUCCUCGUCCUGCUCGAGCGUCGUGUCGCUCGUCCCGGCCGCACCGGCGUCGUCCGGCUCGUCCUCGAUCGUGGUCGGUGCGGGCAAGGGCGGCGGCGGCGGCGGCGGCCAAUCGCCGAACUCGGCGGCGGCUGCAGCGGCGGCCGCGGCCGCCGUCGCCGCCACCCUGCUCUGCAAUCCGUCCGUGCACGUGUACCCGAUCUACUUCUUCAGCGUCGAGAUCAACGGCCAACCGUUCGGGCGCAUCCUGAUCGAGGUGCGGAACGACGUCGCGCCGAAGAUGGCGAAGAACUUUGGCGCCCUGUGCACGGGCGAGCUCGGCUUCGGCUACAAGGGCUGCAGCAUCUUCCAGUGCUGGGAGAACGAGAGCAUCAUUACCGGCGACUUCGAGCUGAACAAUGGGCGGGGCGGCCGGUCCGUGUUCGAGGAGGGCUUCUUCAUGCCGGACGACACGAAGAUACUGGCGAUCCGGGGGUCGGUCGGGAUGCGGCGCAGCCAGAAGCGCCACGACAACAUGGGGCUGGUCGGGUCGCAGUUCCGCAUCAUCCUUCGGGAGAUGCGCGGCUUCACCGGCAUCUUCGCGUUCGUGGUCGAGGGGCUGGACCUGGUGGAGAAGAUCAGCCAGGCGGGCGAUUCGGCCGGCAAGCCGCAAAGCACGGUGCUGAUCGCGAACUGUGGCAAGUGGCAGUAGGUGGUGAUGUAGACAACCCUUUAAGGUGUAACAACUACACGUGUUUUGUGUUGUUCCUCUGUCGAUAGCGAUUCGUUCUGUUACUUACAUUAGGGGUUGGGUGGGGUUUUUUGCUUUGUUCGGGGACGAUAGGGAGGGCAUGAAUAGUGAUAGUGCACAGUGCAAAUGGCCAAAGAGCAAAGCGUGUUGUGGAAGAAGUUCGUCGCUUCUAUUCCAUUGUUGAGUUUGUGUAGUGCUGCGCAAUGGGCGGAGGGUAGAGCAGGGACGCGUUGUUAGGAUAUAGGUAGCGUAAUUAUCAUUAUGUUUGUCUCCUUACGCCUCUCUGUCUGUCACAUAGACACACACACACACACACUGAUCGUUUGACUAGUAUUGUUAAUUAGAUUCAUAUUUCGUCGUUCCUUUCGGUUCGCCUUCCAAAGGCUUCCCACACCGUUUUCUGUUGGUAAUUUUUAACACUAGUUCACUAGUUCACGCACGGCAAAAAGCGAAGCGUGGGAGCAAUUUAACGGCGCACUACUAACGGUAACGGACCAACACGUAAUGUCCCGGGGUCUUUUUUUUUGUUUCAUUUGGCGGUAGUAAGAUCGGCUUCUACUAGACUGAACGGCGCACCGCGCACACACACGACGGCAGUAGGGUAGGUUAGGGGUCGGGUCGGGCAAGCGGCGGCACGGUAGCGAUUACUAACAAAACAUAGCAAACGAGCAAACUCGGAACCGGAUUAGACACGGAUAGGUGUAGCUUUUCCUUAGGAUAUAUGAGAGACGAUUACUAUUAUACUUCACCGCUCGAUAGGGGAACAACAGCGACUCCUGCUUAGCAACGGAAGAGCGCGCCACACACGUAACAGCGAGUCGUUGCUUGCGAACACAUGUACAACUUUCUAGAGACGACAAGAUCGUGAUCGUGAUGGAAGAGCGUAUACACUGGGGGGGUCCCGCCGAUUAUCGAACACAAGUCACGGGGCAGGGAUAUCACGAAGAGUAGGUCGCUACUAAUUGAUACACACACAACACAACUAGGGGUAGGUUACACUGGAUAGGAGGAAAGCAAAGGUGGUGGAUUUUCGCUUCACAAUUCCACCGAUGGAUAGGGACAGUGCACACGAGACAUAGACACGCGCACUCGCAUCGCAAGAUCUUCCGAGGGAAACGAAGAAGCCAUCUACAGCGAAAUGAAGCUGUUAGGAUCGUGCACUUACACACGUGCAUCCGUAUGUAUCGACACAAACACACACACACAUAGACACCUGAUCCAGCGGUAACGAUAACACUGGGAAGGGGAAAGCAAACGGCAAAUGAACACAAUUUUAAUGAUGCAGCGAUGCACACGCCUCGUAUUUCAAGUGCGAUAAAUAUGCUAACAACAUAAUGUGUUAAAAACAAUGGCAAUGGAGACAAAACGGAAAAAUAGUAUAAAUGAAGCGAAAAGUUACAAAGCAAAACAAAACAAUACACCACAACACAACACACACGAAGAGCAAAUCAACACAAGCACAGAAGCAAAUCACACAAGUUAAACAAAAAAAGCAUGAAACCACGAAAAAAGGGAAUAAAUCAUGAACGUAAAGAAAGUACAAUGCAUUGUAUUAACUGUUAAAUGUUAGGUGAAAACUCGUAAAAACGUGUGACGUGCACGCCGCUAAGCGCGUAUUGGAUUGUAGUAAAAACGUGAGUAGGCUUUAAGCAAAACAUACGUAGGAAAGGAAAAGUAGGCACGCGAAACGAACCCGAAACCGUUAAAUGUAUGAAGAAAGAAAAGAAUAUAUAUAUAUACAAACACAAACAAACCAUACAACAGAGAGAGAGAGAGAGAGAGAGAGAGAGAGCGAGAUGAGCGUGGGACAGAGUUUUUGGAAAAAGCGCGUUAGCGAAACAAGUGUUAUAGAGGUUCGAGAUGUAACAAAGGAAAAGAAGAAAAACAAAAACAACCCAAACUAUAUAUUAUAUAUAUUCCCUGCUGCAUAAAUACGGAAACGUUAUAUUACCUGCAGAAAAACGCUAUAUUUUUAUUGUGCAGUAGUGGACAGACACAGAAAGCAAACGCGAGCAAACAGGCAAAACGGUGUGCAAAGAAACAUAUACAUGAAACAAAAAGCAAACAAAUAUAUAUAUACAUGUAUUUAAGCAUAAAUGUGUUACACAAAGCGUUAACCUUUCACGGUACAACCAAACCGGCGGUGGUACCAAACAAAACAAAACAAAAAACACUAUAAACGGAACAUUUUUUGCGGAACGGAAUACCGAAGCCAUAUCCACGAUUCUCUCGCUCGGCUCAACAAACACCGUACAACACAAAAAAGCAAAACAAAAAGCAUGUAAAGCUUAGGGCGAUUAGAACACGUUCUAAGUGCAUGAGUGCAUUCGGUGAAUCAUCUCGAUUCUGUGCUGCUUAAGCAUUUUGCUGACAAAUAGUAACCGUUUCCUGGGGUUCGGCGAACUCAAAACCAAUAAAAAAAAGGGGGAAAACAGCAACAACAAAAAACACUAUUUAAACUUUUACUCUCCUACAUUCACUGUACAUAAAUGUAUGUGUGUGUGUGUGUAAGCGUUUUGUGUGGAGCAAUGAGCAAUUAUUUACAACAGUGUAUAGUUCGAUGCAAGGCGAUUGUCGAAGAGAAAGUAGAGAUAUAAACGAAACAGGACACCGGCUGAUUGGCGCGCGAUCUUUGCGAGCCAAUUGUAAGCGCUGUAGCGAUGAACUGUGAAGAGACUGAAUGUUUUGGAAUGACAAAAAAAAACGUAAACCGAACCUACCAAUAAUAAUAAUAAUAAUAAUAAUAAUAGCACACCCGCACGUAUAAUCGAGCAGAGAUGGAACGAAUGUUGGCGAACCCAAGAACAAACCUUACAUCCUACAACCCUCCAAAGCCAGAACCAGAACCGCAUAUUAGAAGGUCUGUUAAUUGAUCAAGUAAAAACGGUAUCAAAGUACAAUUGAAACAAGAUAAAAGAAGCAACCAUAACGUAACACUUACAAGAGAAGGGCCUUGCGCAUCGGGGCUAUCCUUCCUACCGGAGAGAACGGUAAAACGCACUAAACAAAGCAUCUCCUCCAGUUCUUUUUCCCCUCCUCCUCCUCCUCCUACCCAGCCUAUUUGCACCCCUGCCGUAUCGACAACACAAAGCGAAACAAAAUCCUUCCGGGUAAGAUGCUGGGCACGAGAAGCGGCGACAUGCGGGCGCGCGUUUCGUGAAUUUGCAUGCGUAGACGAACUAUAUACUAUAGGCAAGCGAGGUGAGGGGACGGCGCGGAAGCGAAAGAGAAAACUGCGGGGACGCGGUGGUUAUAUUUAACGAAAACGAAAAAAACAGAAAAACACACAUACACACCGCAUAAAUAAUGCGUCGAAGCGUAUACAUAUUUAAAACUCGCGAUACCUAAAGCUUCCCCGUGCCCGCCCAUCCUUUGAAGCAAGUACAAAAUCGGUGACAAAUUGGUAGUAAAACGAAACGAAGCAAAACACAGAAAAAAAAAUACACGGAAUCUAAAGCAAACGCGUCCGAAGCUAGACGAAGACGAGUCUCGCAACAGUUUUGCUUUCCAAUGUUUAUACAAAACGUAAAAUUCGAAUGGAUUCUAACACGGGACGAUAGAGAGCGCGGAAUGAAGAGUCGUUCAAAGCAUUUGGGGCUCUAAACAAGCUUGCUGUUGUUUAAUUAUUUAGUUUAAGUUGAAGAAAAACAAAUCAAACUUCGAUGAUCGUUAAAGUGCUCUCAUUUGCCUUUUUUUUCGUUUUGCUCGUUUUAAAAACGAGUCUCCCCGUACAAGCAGCGCACUUUGCACAAUUUGCGCUUGACGUAACAUUACUAUAUCGGUGGUAUGAUUGUAUUAGAUGGACAGCAAAAACAAAAACACAAAAAACGCGUAUUUCAACACACGAAAAUGCACUUUGGAGCGCACGGAUUGCACGCUAGCAAAUUGUACUUUUGUCACGGUGAAUAUAGACAACAAGCGCGGUCGGCAACACGGGAUACGCUAAUGUAAUACAAAUAUUUUUAUGUGAAAUGUAUGUUAUGUUACUGCUAAAUGUGUACCAAAACCAAACAACAGCAUAGUUACUAGUAUUGUUCAAAUGAUCACUCCCAAAUCCGCUUGCAAUCAUUACCAGAGGAACGGAUUCAAAUUGGAUGUGAACGGUAAAGCGUGUCUGCAGACGGCAGCAGGCCACCAUGGGAGACCGCCAGGAGAGAGUAUCUGUUUGUCCUCUGUUUUGCUGGCACAGAAAAGAGUUAUCAAUACACGCCCACCCAGCGCACUGGAUUGCCUGCAUGGGUGUGUGUAGUGGUGGGUGAGUGGCAGAUAAGAUAAGCUUUCCCGAUCGAAACCGGCGUUGCAAUGAACCAUACAAUGGAAUAACGAAAGUACAAGCCAACGACGACGCGUACGGACGCGUGCUAGCACUAGAGUGACAGUAUUUCCGAUGGAAUCGUACAUACGCAAUCGUGGGGGCUACAGAGUAAGUGUGCAAGCGACAUCAUUAAAAUCGAAUGCGUCACAGACCGACACAAAAACGUACGUAUUAGCGGAUUUACUCUCACGCCGACCGGUAUAUUAUAGCGCACGAGAGAAGCGGUAGCUUCAGCCGGUGGUAGCCGGAAUCGUUUCACGGCGAUGAUAAGAGCCACAACCACAGCACAGUAAAUUCACAACAUUAGCACGUGUUUCGGUGUGCAUUCGGUAUGUAUGUGGAAAAGCGGGGGAAGACGCACAGGUACAGGGGUAUUCGGGAUUCGACCGAGGUGGCGGUAGGGAGUCGGCAAAGGUAAUAGAAGAAUCGAUUUUUAUAAGCAUAAGGAACCAAGGGAAACGGUACAAUCGACAGUACGUGCUCUCGGGGCGGUUUAUUAGUUGAGUGUGCGCUCUUUACGUGUAAUAUGCUGCGACAUACGACGGUAAUGUGGGUGGGAAGGGUGGCGAAGCUAUGCGAGCAGCUGAGCGUGAGUGGCGAAGAUUUGGUAAUUUGCAUAUUAAAACACACACACAUUAUAAUCAACGGAUCAAGACCCUUCAACGGUAGAACGGCUAAAUAAAACUGUGAAAUAAAAUAGCA